AUGAUCCGUAUCGUGAUCAGCUGCUGCGUGACGUUGACCAUGUUCAUUAAACACGCUGCUUCACUGACGAUCGAAAGCAGCAAUGUUGUUUUCACCAGUACGACGUUCCCGUUGCCGUGCAACUUCGUGUGCCAUCACGGAUAUUUGGACUUGCCUUUUGCCUGUGACCCAGAUCGCUGGCUGAGUCAAAUGGAGGCCAUCAAGCUGAAAGAGUGGAUUAAGAAUAGCCAAUUUGGCGACUGCUUUUCCCAUGGCUCGUUUGCGCCGGGACACUCGUUUAUCAAGAGGUACAACAUUGCACUGGUGAUGGUAGACAGCAUUGAUACCGCCGGAACAGCCAACGGAAGAUGCCAGGAAAUUGCUGAAGAAGAAGAAGAGUCACAAUCGACGACGGACAACGAAUCGAACCAGGGCUACGACGUCGACGCAAUUGCUAACAGAAAGGCGCAGAAGUUCGCCUCUCAUCUUCGGUGGCGAUAUUCCACUUUUCGGGAAGACUGUACAACCGAUGUAUUGCUGCUCUACGCCAAAGAGGUGAUCAUGUGUCAGAACGGUGUGAAGCUGACGCUCCGUAACGAAAAUAACCCAGUGGUAGCGAUUAGCUUCAGCUCAGAGGUCGAAGAAAUCGUCCAGCGCGAAAAACGCCGCAAAAAGACAAACUCACUGACCACUUCCUUAGACCUAUAUAAGAAGAAAGACUCUCCCAUUACCUACUGGAUCAUAUAUAUUUAUGACCAGAUGGAUGUCAUCCUGAAGGUUCCUAGCUUGACUGUGAUUCCGUUAUGGGCGAAGGUCGUCUUCAUACUGUCGGCAGUGCUCAUCGUACUGUGCACGACCUUGGGACAUCUGCUGAACAUAUCCGGAAAUAAUCUGAAAAUCUUCGACCCUAAUCCUUGCCUACUGAUCAAUUUCAGACGCAAGAAGAGCAGAAAAUGGAGGGCUGGUUUCGGUGCCGGACUGAUUUAA